AUGAAAUAUCUAUUUCUUAUCCUCGGUGGAAAGCAGACAUCCUUAGAGGAAAUGCGCCAGAUUUUGCUUAUUUCUAACUUUAAUACGAAAAUUUCAGCUCGGUUUUGUACGACUAUAAAUCUCAUCCCUGGUUUUCGUAUCUCUGCUCCAAGUCAUAUGAAGGUGCUUCAUAUUCCUCUACUCGAUGAUGAGUCGACUGAUCUUUCACCCUACUUCACAACAGUCUUUAAGGAGAUCGACGAGGCAAGGAAGUCAGCAGGGCGAUUGUUACUGCUCUGUGCAAUGGGUAUAUCUCGUUCGGCUACAUUCGCUAUUGCGUAUCUGAUGUGCAUAGAAAAAAUGUCUCUUCACGAUGCAUAUAAGCAUGUGCAAUACUGCCGUAACAUCAUUUGCCCAAAUUUGUACGGUAAGAAGACAGUGCAUAUAAUCGAACCGAUAUGUGGA